AUGAAUCAAGCCCCUGUCCAAGGUGAUACCUUAAAAUCUACUACCGGUAUGCUUCUCAAAAAGAUACCAUCGAAAUCAAUGGAUCCAGUUCUCGAUUGGAAUCUGGGAGGACGAUGUACUCCGGCAGAUCCCAAAUGGUUACCAUUGGGAGCGCCUGCAGAUGGUAAUGGUGAUAAUUUUACUCCAGCCCAUCCUUCAUAUACAUCAGGCCAUGUAGCAGCAUCAUCGGGUACUUUCGAAAUUCUUCGUCACUUCUAUAGAACAGACAAGAUAUCAUUUGCAUUUGAAUCAGAUGAAUACAAUGGACAAACAAAAGAUUCAAUUACAGGAACAAUACGACCGGCAAUAACACGACAAUAUAAAUCGUUUAGACAGGCAGAAAUGGAGAACUACUAUGCUAGAGUCUGGCUGGGCGUUCAUUGGCCAUUCGACGAACGUCAUGCACAAAUUGCAGCCCAUAAAAUCGCGUCCAUCAUUUACAAGAAAUUAUAUUAA